AUGACGAAGGCGUACGCCAAGCCCAAGGAAAUGGCAGAGCUGGUGGGCACCCAGGGCUGGAUGGACGAUGCGCUGAGCUCCAAGGAUGAGCUGAAGGCAGAGAACGGCAGGCAAGGGCCUUUCGGGUUGGUGCCGGGCUUGAACGAAGAGCACGACAGCAUUGAGGAGGAAGAGGAGGAAGAGGAUGACGGGGAGAAGCCGAAGAGAAGAGGACCAAAGAAGAAGAAGAUGACCAAGGCCAGGUUGGAGAGGUUCAGGGCUCGGCGGGUGAAAGCCAACGCUCGGGAGCGCACACGGAUGCACGGACUGAACGAUGCCCUGGACAACCUGAGGAGGGUGAUGCCCUGCUAUUCCAAAACCCAGAAGCUGUCCAAGAUCGAGACGUUGAGGUUGGCCAGGAAUUACAUCUGGGCUCUGUCAGAGGUGCUCGAAACGGGGCAGACUCCGGAAGGAAAGAGCUUCGUGGAAAUGCUCUGCAAAGGUUUAUCCCAGCCCACCAGCAACCUGGUGGCCGGCUGCCUGCAGCUGGGGCCGCAGACCUUAUUCCUGGAGAAGCACGAGGAGAAGACCCCCGCGUGCGAGUCGGCCAUUUCCAGCCACUCCUUCGCCUACCAAUCCCCAGGGCUGCCCAGCCCGCCCUACGGCUCGAUGGAAACCCACCUGUUGCACCUAAAGCCCCCCGCCUUCAAGAGUUUGGUGGAUGCAUCUUUUGGGAACCCCCCCGACUGCACCACUCCCCCUUACGAGGGUCCUCUCACGCCGCCCCUGAGCAUCAGUGGGAACUUCUCCUUGAAGCAGGACGGCUCUCCAGAGCUGGAUAAGCCCUACGCCUUCAUGGCUCACUACCCUUCGGUCAGCCUGGCUGGGGCACACGGACAUCCCACCCACUUCCAAAACGCAGUGCCCCGCUAUGAGAUCCCCAUAGACAUGAGCUACGAGUCCUACCCUCACCACGUGGCCGGGCCUCAGCUCAACGCCAUCUUCAACGAGUAG